AUGGAACUGUUCAACCAGUCUUCGAGCAGAUUUAUUCUUCUCGGUUUUUCCAAUAUUCCAUACCUGGAGGUCAUUGGUUUCAUUACCUUCUUGGUCAUUUAUUUAAUUACAUUGUUAGCAAACCUUCUAUUGAUCAUUAUGGUGCGGAUUAAUCCGAAGCUCCACACUCCAAUGUAUUUUUUUCUUGUGAAUCUCUCCUUCAUUGACAUUUGCUUCUCUACCACCGUGGUCCCUAAACUCCUAUAUAACACAUUGGCCAAAGAUAGGAGCAUCUCUUUACUAGAAUGUGCUGUCCAGAUGCACUUUCAUUUGGCUUUGGGGUCUACAGAGUGUGUCAUACUUGCAGUCAUGGCCUAUGAUAGAUUUGCUGCCAUCUGCAAACCACUUCACUACAACACUAUUAUGAGUUGGAAGAUAUGCAUCAGUCUGGCUGCUGUGUCAUGGACCUCAUGCUUCAUCAUCUCCAUUUUUCAAGUCACCUACACCUUUCAGAUGUCCUUCUGCCAUACUCACCAUGUCAACCACUUCUUUUGUGAGGUACCACCAUUUUUAAAAAUAUCCUGCAGUGAUACUUGGCUCCAUGAGCUGUUGCUUUGUGUUACAGCAGGCAUAGUAGUUAGUCCAUCCUUUCUCUUGAUUAUGAUUUCAUAUAUUCAUAUUCUGUCCACCAUCUUGAAGAUCAGGUCUUCUUCUGGAAGGUACAAAGCUCUCUCCACAUGUGCCUCCCACAUCAUUGUGGUGACUUUCUUCUAUGGGACCAUUAUGAUUCUGUAUUUUCGCCUACGUUCCCGUUCCUCAUCAGACACAGACAAAUCUAUCUCCAUUCUCUACUCAGCCGUUACACCCAUGCUGAACCCCAUUAUCUACAGUGUCCGAAAUAAAGAUGUCAAAGACACUGUAAGAAAGACUUUAGUUAAAGAGGUUCUCCAAUCAAAAAUCAUGGUAAUAUGGCAGUUAAACUAA